AUGGCAGAGCCAGAAGCAGCCAUGGCCAGCAAGCAGGAAGAGAGUGCUGUGCCGUGGGCACACCCCAGCAGUGCUAGCAGUGCCAGCAGCGGCGGCAGCAGCAGCAGCGGCGGCAUUGGCAGCAGCGGCAUUGGCAGCAGCAGCAACAGCAGCAGCAGCAGUAUGGUUCAGGCGCGGGGGGCCGUGGCCCCCGCCUGCCUCCUUAUCCUCCUCCUGGUGGCCCUGCAAGCCCAGGGCGUCGGGGCUGCUCCGUGGCGAGCGCGGGAAUUAGACAUGGCUGGAGGUAAUGGACAUCCAGCUUCCCGGCUGGGUUCCAGGGCUGAUGCACAGGGAGAUCUCAUGGAUAUGGGUAGAGGGAGAGCUCUUCCAGCUCCUCGGCUGGAUCCUGCACUGGACCUCACCUGGCAUCCCAGGGGUCCUCAAAGAGCAAAGUAUAAAGCUGAAACAGGAAAGCGUUCCCAGCAAUCAUCAGAAGACCUAAAGGAAAUCCUGAAGGAAUUGGACAAAGCAGCACGUGAGCUGGACCGUGAGACUGUGGAGGAGGAGGCGCUUCAGGAAGGAGGCAGCCAGGCAGUGCCAGUCUCUGAUGAAAAAAAGGGGGCAAUUCAAUCAACAGGCGUGCCAGCGCUCUCCAACCCCGGGGAAGCCCACCACACCGGCAUCUAUGAAUUUUUUCGAACGAAUACAGGCGCCUCGCUGCAGCUUCGUGAGCCCGGCCCAACACCAGCAGCUACCCCUCACACCUGGACAGCCGGACCACCCCCCUCAGCAACCCUGAGAGCCAGACCCGACACCAGCAGCCAUCGCCUGUGCCUGGAGAAGCGGCCCGCCAGCCACGGAGCAUCGGGGGGGGGCGACCGGCCCCCACCAGCCCAGACACCCACCCGGUCUGCCCGCCUCCACCCCGGCCUCCGUAGCUGUCCAACUCAGCCAACCGGCUGUUGCAGGACCAGCCCAGCACCCUCCAGCCCCCGGAGGAACUCAAACCAACCCCUGCCCCCCCAAGCCCAUUGCCCCAGCCCUCCUGCAAGGGCCUGA